UCUGCCAUAUAUUUUAUUACACAGUGGUUUUAGCGUGUGAAUGGGACUUUUAUUUUGGAACGGUGAAGUGACGUCAUAAGGCAGCUCCGGCGUCUGUUGUGAUUCAGCUGAAGAAAGAGAAACUCUGAAGAAACUCUGAAAACUGCUGAAGCGACUGAGAUCCUCGUGACACUAGUAUUAUAAAGAUGGCUUUUAUUAAAGUGGAGAGUGAAGACCUGAAGAUUGAAGAAGUAUUCAGUGUCAAACAAGAAGAAAGUGAGGAACAAACAGGUCUGAUUACACUGAAAGAGGAGAGUGAAGUUCUGAACGAAAUGGAAGAGAAAUAUAAGCUUGAGAAACACCAUGAGUUCAUAACUGAAGAAAAACCAUUUACUAGCUCACAGGCUGAAAAGACGACUUCAAGAAAAAGAGCUCAAAAGACAAAAACCUGCAAAAAGAAGAAAUUUACCUGUCAACAGUGUGAGAAAAGUUUUAACCUAAAAGGAAGCCUAAACAGGCACAUGAGAGUUCACACUGGAGAGAAGCCCUACACAUGCCAACAGUGUGGAAACAGUUUCAAUCUACAUGGAAACCUUAAAAUCCACAUGAGAGUUCACACUGGAGAAAAUCCUUUCACCUGCCAACAGUGUGGAAAGAGUUUCACUCAAAAGUUAAACCUUAACAGGCACAUGAGAACUCACACGGGAGAGAAACCUUAUACCUGCCAACAGUGUGGAAACAGUUUUAGUCUAUAUGAAAACCUUAAAAUCCACAUGAGAACUCACACUGGAGAAAACCCUUUCCCCUGCCAACAGUGUGGAAAGAGUUUUACUCAAAAAGUAAACCUUAACAGGCACAUGAGAACUCACACGGGAGAGAAGCCUUACACUUGCCAACAGUGUGGAAAGAGUUUCACUCAAAAAGUUAACCUUCUCUCACACAUGAGAGUUCACACUGGAGAGAACCCUUUUACCUGUCACCAGUGUGGAAAAAGUUUCGCUCAAAAAGUAAACCUUAUUACACACAUGAGAACUCACACUGGAGAGAACCCUUUUACCUGUCAGCAGUGUGGAAAAUCUUUCAACCGAAAUGGAAGCCUUAAAAUCCACAUGAGACUUCACACUGGAGAAAAUCCUUUCAUCUGCCAACGGUGUGGAAAAAGUUUUGCUCAAAAAGUAAGCCUUAUCAGACACAUGAGAACUCACACGGGAGAGAAGCCUUAAACGUGCCAACAGUGUGGAAACCGUUUAGUCUAUGUGAAAACCUUAAAAUCCACAUGAAAGUUCAUAACGGAGAGAAGCCAACAGUGUAAAUGGUUUUAAUCAAAAAGUAGGCUUUAUCAGGCACAUGAGAACUCACACUGGAGAGACAGUUUCAGUCAGCUUUAAAACCUUAAAGUCCAUAUGAGAAAUCAAAGACUACAUUUACACUUGUCAUUAACAUGUGACCUGUAUCCAGAACUUGUACCCAUACACAUUAAAAUUAAUAAAGCCUUUCAUUUA